GGAUGGUUGUGGACUACAUAAAUAAAAUUUAAAAACGCAGAAGACAGGAGGGGGAGAACGCAUCAAGUGAUCAACCAACAAUGAUUGCUUCUUUGUUUAAUCUCCCGUUGACUCGCUUCAGAUCUCUUUCUUGCCGUCUUCCUCUGUCACCUAGAAACUUUCGAGCUUUCUCCGGUACAGAUGCUGGAAUGGAUGCUGUUCAGAGACGCCUCAUGUUUGAGGACGAAUGCAUUCUUGUUGACGAGACUGAUCGUGUUGUGGGACAUGACAGCAAAUAUAAUUGUCAUCUGAUGGAGAAUAUCGAAGCUAAAAAUUUGCUUCACAGGGCUUUUAGUGUGUAUUUAUUCAACUCGAACUAUGAGCUGCUUCUCCAGCAAAGAUCGAAAGCAAAGGUGACUUUCCCCCUCGUGUGGACAAACACUUGUUGCAGCCAUCCACUUCACCGUGACUCAGAGCUUAUCGAAGAAAAUGCACUUGGUGUGAGGAAUGCUGCACAGAGAAAGCUUCUUGACGAGCUUGGUGUUGUAGCUGAAGAUGUACCGGUCGAUGAGUUCACUCCUUUGGGGCGUAUGCUUUACAAGGCUCCUUCUGAUGGCAAAUGGGGAGAGCACGAAUUGGUCUACUUGCUCGCUGUUGUGCGGGAUGUGAAGGUCGAACCAAACCCGGACGAAGUAGCGGAUGUAAAGUAUUUGAGCAGGGAAGGGGUGAAGGAGCUAGUGAAGAAAGCAGAUGCAGGGGCGGAAGGUGUGAAGUUGUCACCAUGGUUCAGAUUGGUGGUGAAGAAUUUCUUGAUGAAGUGGUGGAAUCAUGUUGAGAAAGGAACUCUGGAUGAAGCUGUAGACAUGAAAACCAUCCACAAACUCUGAAACCUUCCUUAAAAGUUUGUUUGUUUGUUGUGUGUCUCUUUCUCCUUUUGAUGUUUGUGAAUUGUGAUGAUAAUAAUUGAAACAUGUGAGACUUUUAACGCAAUAAAGUUUCAUGUUUUUA